AUGCAGCUAUGUUGAUUUAAAUUGGUCAUGUUUGCAUUGAAUUUUGGGUCAUAUCAACCCCACAAUUGAUCAAAGUUCUUCACUCGCUUCCUCAAACUAAAUCGAGGGCAGAGGGGGCAAUGUUUGUGAGUUGGACUACCACUUAAAAUGGUAAUCCAACUGCAUCCAUUUUUUGAUGGGGAUUCCCCUGAGGAAAAGUGUGUAAAGGAAGUAAAAUUAAUGUGUUUGGACUGCAUCUGAGGUUUUUGUCUUUCCCACCAUCAGUUGAGACGACAUGCUAUUGAAUACAGGAGAAUGAAGGUUACGUAUGUGAGCUAUUGAAUCACUCCAAUAUGUAGAUCAAGAACACUAAGGUAACCUGCCUAAAUGACUACAGACCCGUAGCACUCACGUCCGUAGCCAUGAAGUGCUUUGAAAGGCUGGUAAUGGCUCACAUCAACACCAUUAUCCCAGAAACCCUAGACCCACUCCAAUUUGCAUACCGCUCAAACAGAUCCACAGAUGAUGCCAUCUCUAUUGCACUCCACACUUCCCUUUCCCACCUGGACAAAAGGAACGCCUCCGUGAGAAUGCUAUUCAUUGACUAUAGCUCAGCGUUCAACACCAUAGUGCCCUCAAAACUCAUCACUAAGCUAAGGAUCCUGGGACUAAACACCUCCCUCUGCAACUGGAUCCUGGACUUCCUGAUGGGCCGCCCCCAGGUGGUGAGGGUAGGUAGCAACACAUCUGCCACACUGAUCCUCAACACUGGAGUCCCUCAGGGGUGCGUGCUCAGUCCCCUCCUGUACUCCCUGUUCACCCACAACUGCAUGGCAAAGCACAACUCCAACACCAUCAUUAAGUUUGCAGAGGACACAACAAUGGUAAGCCUGAUCACUGACAACGACAAGAGCCUAUAGGGAGGUCAGAGACCUGGCUGGGUGGUGCCUAAAUAACAACUUAUCCCUCAACGUGAUCAAGACAAAGGAGAUUGUGGACUACAGGAAAAGGAGGACAGAGCACGCCCCCAUUCUCAUCGAUGGGGCUGUCGUGGAGCAGGUUGUGAGCUUCAAGUUCCUUGGCAUCCACAUCACCAACAAACUAACAUGGUCCAAGCACACCAAGACAGCCGUGAAGAGGGCAUGAUAAAACCUAUUCCCCCUCGGGAGAUUGAAAAGAUUUGGCAUGGGUCCUCAGAUCCUCAAAAGUUUCUACAGCUGCAACAUCGAGAGAAUCCUGACUGGUUGCAUUACUGCCUCUGACCGUAAGGCGCUACAGAGGGUAGUGCGUGCCACCCAGAGCCUCUACACCAGGCGGUGUCAAAGGAAGGCCCUAAAAAUUGUCAAAGACCCCAGUCAUAGACUGUUCUCUCUGCUACCGCGUGGCAAGCGGUACCGGAGAGCCAAGUCUAGGAUCAAAAGGCUUCUCAACAGAAGCCUUUUGGUCCCCAAGCAAUAAGACUUGAACAGGUUAUCAAAUGGCUACCCAGACUAUUUGCAUUGUGUCCUACCACCCAAUUCGGCGCACGUGACAAAUGCACUUUGAUUUGAUGAAAGCCUGCUCCAGAGAGCUCAGGAUUUCAGACUGGGGCAAAGGUUCACCUUCCAACAGGACAACAACCCUAAGCACACAGCCAAGACAAAGUAGGAGCGGCUUAGGCACAAGUCUCUGAAUGUCCCGAGUGCCUCAGCCAGAGCCCGGACUUGAACCCGAUCGAACAUCUCUGGAGAGACCUGAAAAUAGCUGUGCAGCGACGCUCCCCAUCCAACCUGACAGCUUAGUGGAUCUGCAAAGAAGAAUGGGAGAAACCCCCCAAAUACAGGUGUGCCAAUCUUGUAGUGUCAUACCCAAGAAGACUCGAGGUUCUAACCACUGCCAAAGGUGCUUCAACAAAACACUGAGUAAAGGGUCAGAAUAGUUAUGUAAAUAUUAUAUUUCUGUUUUUUUUUAUACAUUUGCAAAAAUGUCUAAACAAAUCCUCUCUGUAAUGAGCCGUGAAAAGGAAGAGGUGGAAGGAAUGUGGCAGCACUUCCCCCACAGCACUACCCGGUACACAGGACUAAUCUGAAAUUCUUACUCGGACUGUAUCCUGCCGAAUGGAAAGAUACCAUGUUGGAGUGAUCCAAUAUAGUGUCAUUUCAAUCAUAUAAAUAUAAUUCAUAGAAUGGACGUAUCCCUUAAGACCACUGCAGUUUAGCUGGUGCACCAUUUGAAAUUGAAUGGACAGUUUUACUUGUAAUCUCUAGCAUAAAGAUGGCCGCUGGUCCACCCACUGUCGAAUGUAAACUUAAAUGGUCUAUUCUAUAUUCUAUCUAUAUUUCAAUAUUUUUCCUAUGGAGUAUUGACAGUAUAAUUUAAAACAGAUGUUCCCAUUCAAGUCAACAUUCUCUUAUGUGUGGACCUCCAACCAUCUUUGUUGUACCAUUUGAAAGUAGACAUUUUUUUUCAAUUGUAUUCCCCUUUUAGUACAUUUUAUCAGCCAAAACAUGACACCCGCCCUGUAUUCAAGAGGGUGUUGUGUCUCAACCGACGGCAGGCACAACACAAAAACCUCAGCUGAUUUUUAAAUAGGGUUUAAGCUACAGCAUAUGCGAAUAUGAGAAAAAAAUAGACAUUUUUAUUCAAAUAUAUAAUAAAAUAGUUGGAUAACGUUGUUUGUAAACUUUUUUUUAAGUGAUAAAAAUCUAAACCGUUUAUUUUUUCCAGUGAUGAAGACAUGGAUGUCAGAUGGUAUGGUGGAGUAUGCAAAAUAGGAACUGUCCCAUGAGGAACAGGCUAAUCAGAGCUAAGGACAGAGGGAGGCACAUUAACUUCCUGACAACAAGAUGAGGAUUUCAAAGCGUUGUGGCUCCAACAGACGUUUGUUGUUGCCCUUGAUGGUCCUUGGGUUGAUGAUCUUACUGGCAGUUGUAACCUUUAAUUGGUUUGAGACUGAAUCACAGAUGCCUUUGGCAUGGCAUGUGGAUCCCAACCACCGAAAGCUUGUGCACUCUUUUGUACGGGGUGUUCUUUCGAACCAGUGCAGACCAGCCUUUGCCAGAAAGGGAGUAGAAGCAAGGCUCCAGAGCUCUAGUCAUGUGACUGAUCCUUUCCUGUGGCGGGACACACUGCUGACUCGAGAGAUGUUCAAGUACCCCCCACCAUUCGGGUUCCGUGACAUGCAUGGCAAACUGAAGGAUGUCCUCAACCUCCUCCCUGCUCAACCAGAGCAGCUGAAGAAAGAGUGCAGACGCUGUGUGGUCUUGGGAAAUGGAGGAAUCCUCCGUGGCCUUGAGCUGGGCACCCUGCUUGACCAGUUUGAUGUUGUCAUUAGGCUCAAUAGUGGUCCUUUGAGGAACUACAGUAAAGACGUGGGGAACCGGACCUCUAUCCGGAUGAGCUACCCAGAGGGAAGCCCCAAGGUCUGGGAAGAUGUGGACCCUGAGCUGCAGUUUGUGGCGGUGGUCUACAAGGCUGUAGACUUCAAGUGGAUCAGAGCAAUGAUCAACAGACAGAGAGUUUCCCUUUGGGACUGGCUGUUUUUCUGGCAGAAGGUGCCAGAGAAGAUUCCAGUAGACUUAUCAAAGUUCCGUUUGUUGAAUCUGGAGAUCAUCAGGCAGAUGGCGAUGGACCUGUUAGCCUACUCCUCCCCACAGAAACGCCUCUGGGGCUGGGACCAGAACGUGCCCACCAUGGGCAUCUCAGCCCUCAACCUGGCCACCUACCUGUGUGACGAGGUCAGCCUAGCAGGCUUUGGUUACAACCUCAGCCAGAAGGAGACGCCCCUGCAUUACUAUGACAAUAUACCCAUGACAGCUAUGCUGGGGCAGAACAUGCACAAUGUGGACCGUGAAAGGGCUCUCCUCCAGAGCCUGGUGAGGGAAGGGACUGUAUCAGACCUCACAGGGGGCCUGCACUGCACCUUCUGCCCCAGCUGAAAGAGACUGAUCUGGGCCAGCAGCGCAGCUAGCGACACACCAACGAUCUACCUUCCACUGACUAAUCAUUCCAAUACUUUUCACCCUGGAAUUCAAAAAGUUGAUUUGAGUCUAUGGAUCUGGGUACUUGACUGCAAACUUCUAUGUUCUAGUGCAUGCCAGCAUAUUGAAUCUGCAUGGACUAGAUGUGCUGACAUGAUGGGGAACAGUGAAGCUGUACACUUCUUCCCUGCGCAGUUGAAAACGACAAACCUAAAUCCUUCUAUAAGGGAAGUAUUAUCACUGCUAAACUUAAAUGUUUUUUGUAUUUAUUAAGAGAUGAUGUAUAAUUACUUAAUUAAAUCUUAGCAUAAAGUUGAUGCUUAGAAGUGUACGAACAUUACCAUAAAUAUUGUGAUAAAUGAACAGAUGGACUAACAACAGAUAAUUAACAUGACCCUUUUUAUGCUUUCGAUUUUAAGUUGAAUGUUUAGUUUGUCCACAAGAUGUCUGAAUUUGGUUGUGUUUUUACAUUUUUCUAAUGUAAUUAUUAGAUUGUUUUUAUUAUAAUAAUGUAUGUUCUCAAUGCUUGACUUGGACUAAGAUGGGAGCCGGUACUAAUUAUAUUUACAGUGGGGCAAAAAAGUAUUUAGUCAGCCACCAAAUGUGCAAGUUCUCCCACUUAAAAAUAUGAGAGGCCUGUAAUUUUCAUAGGUACAUUUUUUUCUUCAACUAUGACAGACAAAAUGAGGAAAAAAAAUCUAGAAAAUCACAUUGUAGGAUUUUUUAUGAAUUUAUUUGCAAAUUAUGGUGGAAAAUAAGUAUUUGACCUCUCACUCUUUGGCACAAAGAGAAGAUUCAAAUGGGAGGCAGGCCUACACACAACCUAUAUAUGUAUGUGCCAUCCGUUUUUCUUUUAUUCCAGGCUUUAUUAAAGAAUUCCACAAACGGAAAUACACAAUGGACAGUUUCUACUCAUGGCUGAGCCACAUAAUGCCAGGGUAUAUCUGGUGGGCUUUCUCCUCAUAGCUGAGCCACAUAAUGCCAGGGUAUAUCUGGUGGGCUUUCUCCUCAUGGCUGAGCCACAUAAUGUCAGGGUAUAUCUGGUGGGCCUUCUCCUCAUAACUGAGCCACAUAAUGCCAGGGUAUAUUUGGUGGGCUUUCUGGAAUAAGUUCACGUGCAUAAUGUGGUAGAAAGGGCCAUAGAGGAUCAUAUUAAUAGAAUUCUCUAUUUCAUUGAGGUCACAAUAGUUAAAUGGUCUUUCCUCUUCCAUUUCACCACAAUACCGACCUGUUCCAAUACACAGAGACAAUAUCCCUGAUCUUACCUAUUUCAAUACGCGGAGGCAAUAUCCCUAAUCUUACAUAGCGAUCUCUUGCUUUUCGGGAGGUUGUACAUUAUAUUUCUUACACAGAAAUUCCCCCUUAAUGAAAGGGUUUAUGAUUAAUCUCCUCCACUUAUUUAUUUUCAUAUUGCAUCAUCAGUUGUUUUAAUAGCGUCUAUGUCUCACUUCAUUUGGUUUUCGUGCAACUGUUCACAGUCAAACUGUUGGAAAAUGUCAGACAUUUCAGUUGUCCAGGCUCCCCUAUGGAGAGAUCCCAUUGAAAAACGCUGCUGGCUAUUCUGGCAAUUGGCAUAUCCAACAGUCUAUUCCAAAGUCUCACCAUGCACGCCUUCCAUCUCACCUCACAGGAAUCCCAGCCCAUGUCCCAGUUAUUUCCAGUAUAGGUGCAAACUUGUGGAGACCUAAAAAAAUAACGUACUGCUCUGUUAUGGACGUGUUCAUUUUUGAGAUACCUCUUAGCACCCCACACCCCUGCAGAAUAGUCCAGGACAGGACACACGCAUGUCUGAUACAGUUUGGAAUACGUAGCAUAACCAAUAUCUUUGAGUGCUUUUGUUUUUCCUAGAGCUCCCCCAGGAACUCUACUUGCUGAGUCGGCCUGGGCAGAUGUGCCGUAUAGAAAGGUCAUAUGUUCAUCAAAAUAAAGACCAAAUAUUUAGAA